UGGCGGCAGGUGGUGCCAGUCAGCCAGGAGGCGGGGCGGCUCUUUAGCUUCCCGCCGCUUUUGCCGCUCCAGCUGCUUUCCCGCCUUUUUAGGGAGGGGGCCGCUGCCGGGGGGAGGCGGGCGAUAUGAAACCAAUUUCUGAUUUUCUGCAUGCCUUUAACAGAAGAGUCACAGACUCAAACUAAAAAGUCAAAGAAAAGAGGUCUGAGUGCUGAAGAGAAGAGAACUCGAAUGAUGGAAAUCUUCUUUGAAACGAAGGAUGUAUUCCAGCUGAAAGACUUGGAAAAAAUUGCUCCUAAAGAGAAAGGAAUUACUUCUAUGUCGGUGAAGGAGGUCUUACAGAGCUUAGUUGAUGACGGGAUGGUGGACACUGAUAGGAUUGGGACUUCCAAUUAUUUUUGGGCUUUUCCAAGUAAAGCUCUUCAUGCAAGAAGACGGAAACUACAGGAACUACAGAAUCAGUUUUCAGAGUAUUGCCAGAAGAAAAAAACUUUAGAAGACGGUAUUGCCAAUUCAAAAAUUGGGCGCCAAGAUACUGCAGAACGUGCUGCGCUAAUAAAGGAACUUGCUGCCCUUCGACAAAGGAAAGACCAACUAAAAGCAGAAAUAGAUAAAUACAAAGAAUGUGAUCCGGAUGUUGUUGAAGAAACCCGCCAAGCAAAUAAAAUAGCUAAGGAAGCAGCCAACAGAUGGACUGAUAAUAUCUUUGCAGUAAAAUCUUGGGCCAAACGGAAAUUUGGAUUUGAAGAUAGCAAAAUUGACAAAACCUUUGGUAUUCCAGAAGACUUUGACUACAUUGAUUAGUUGUAUUUAGAAAAGAUGGCAAAUAAUAUUGUUCAAGAGGUUUUCAUUCUGAAGUUUCUUUCCAAUUGGUAUUGGUAUUUGGAUUAAUAAAAGCUGAAAAUAU